GGGCAGGUAGAGAAACGCUUAGGCUCUGGGGCCUUCCCCGCCUCUUUGAUCCCAGGGCCCGCCCCUUUGAUCCCAGGAUGCCCCUGACCUUUGAGCCCUGCACCUGGGGGCUGGCACGCUGGCGCUGGCGGGGUUGGGCUCCACAAUAGGCGGCAUGCUGCGGCUGUUCAGGUCCAUUUGUACCCGGGGCCCCGGGUCUGGGGUGGCCACGUGGCGUCCCUCUGUGGGGCUCCUCUCUCCUGGGCACCCCAGGAUCCGCCAGGUUUCAGAUGCCUCAGAUGCCCCGCAUCACCAGUCCCCCAGCUCUGAGCCACUGGUACAACUGGUGGGCGUCUGCUCCAUGAUGCGCCUGCCCCUGCAGUCCUCCCCUGCAGGGCUGGAUGCCGCCUUCAUCGGUGUGCCUCUGGACACUGGGACUUCCAACCGGCCUGGGGCGAGAUUUGGACCCCUUCGAAUCCGGGAGGAAUCGGUGAUGCUGGGGGCUGUCAACCCCAGCACAGGAGCCCUCCCCUUCCAGUCCCUCAGGGUGGCAGAUCUAGGCAAUGUGAAUGUCAACCUUUACAGCCUCCAGGACAGCUGCCGGCGAAUUCGAGAUGUCUAUCAGAAUGUCCUAGCAGCUGGCUGCGUUCCUCUGACCUUGGGUGGAGACCAUACGAUCACAUAUCCCAUACUGCAAGCGGUGGCAAAAAAGCAUGGCCCUGUGGGUCUAGUGCAUGUGGGUGCCCACACCAAUACGACUGACCAAACUCUGGGGGAGAAGGUCUAUCAUCGGACAGCUUUCCGUCGAAGCGUGGAGGAGGAACUGCUGGACUGUAAGCGGGUGGUGCAGAUUGGCAUCCGGGGCUCUUCCAAGAUUGUGGAUCCCUACAGAUACAGUCGGAACCAGGGCUUCCGUGUGGUCCUGGCUGAAGACUGUUGGAUGAAGUCACUGGUUCCCCUGAUGGCAGAGAUCAGGCAACAGAUGGGGGGCAAACCUCUUUAUGUCAGCUUCGGCAUAGAUGCCUUGGAUCCUGCCUAUGCCCCAGGAACAGGGGCACCGGAAGUUGCUGGGCUCACCCCUAGUCAGGCCCUGGAGAUCAUCCGAGGUUGUCAAGGCCUGAAUGUGGUGGGCUGCGAUCUCGUGGAAGUUUCCCCACCAUAUGAUCUCACAGGGAACACGGCCCUCCUGGCAGCCAACCUGCUGUUUGAGAUGCUCUGUGCGCUCCCCAAAGUGACAACUGUCUGAGCCUAUUCAAGACAAGACAGAGUGUCUCAUGACAAGGCCUCAAGGACUUGAGAACAAGCAGUGCAAGGGCUACAGCAAGCUUUCCACAAAUGUCACCGCUGGCUGCAAAUAAGGACCAUUCAGAACGUUGACCCAAGCAGAGCAGCUCAUGCUUCUGUCCUCUUUAACAUGAAAGAAAACACUUAUUUAAUCUUAUGUGUGCCUGAGUUCAUGUAUGUGU